AUGUCUAUCGGCCUCAGCUUCUCGUCCAGCGACUUCCUCGCCGCGAUCGAGCUAGUGGGAACGGUAGUUGAUGCAUUACGCUCCAGUGGCCAUGCCAGCACAGAGUAUCGGGAAUUGAUUUGCCAGUUGUUGAGUCUUGAGUCGGCGCUGAUUCAAGUAAAGAGGCUGGAGGUCGAUGAUGGCAUUUAUGCGGAGGUGAUUGCGUUGAGGCAGGCGGCAGCACAGUGUCAGCGGACGAUUGAUGCGUUUUGGGGGAAGGUGACAAAGUAUCAGCCCGCCAUUGGGGGGACGAGGUCGAACUCCCAGGUGAAGGUCAGUUGGAUGAAGAUCAAGUGGGCAUUGUGCAAGAAAGAGGAUGUUACGAAAUUUAAGGCGGACUUGGUGGGGCACACGGAGAGUAUUCAAUUGCUGCUUGCGACUGUGCAGAUGAGUAAAACGAAUAUGAACGAGAAGAAACAGGAUGAAAGGCAGAAGAGUCUUGCUGGCAGAGUUCAGGAAGGGUAUUUCAAUUGCAUGCAGCGACUUAUGGUCGUGGUGAGGCAAGGCCAGGAGUUGCUUAAUAUGACUUCCUCGAUCCUGAGCACAAACGUCAAAAAUUUCCAAGCUGUUCUGCAGAUUCAGCAGAUAAUUGUCAACAUUCCGACUCAAGUGGACCGCCAGCAGCCAGUGUAUAUGAUCGAUGCAUUCGGUAGAUACAGCCCAUUUCAUCUUGAAUUCGUGCGCUCAGCAGAGGCUCUAGUGGCGGUUCUGAAGGUUAAUUUCAAGCACCACGGUAACAGCGCUGAGAAAAUCGAGAAAGGAGAAUUUGCGAUCGAAGACGCAGCCACGACGCGUGUUAUCGACUUGAAUACCAACUGGGAGCUAUGUUUUUCUCCGGGUCAGCGAGUUGAAAUGAGUAUAGUUGUGACUGUAAGCCCGGCAUACCGAGACAGCUUUGAUCUAGAGCAUAGGAGAUUACGGCUAAUACCAGAUCCGGACUCCUAG